AUGACUAUCUCCGCUGCAGAAAACUACCUGGAGAACGUUGACAUGGAAACCCCCUUAUCACCGUCUUCCUCUUCCGAGAUGAUGGCAGGUCACGAGUCUCUCAAUAUUGAGAAGAUAAAGUCUAGACCCGAGCACGCCCAUCCGAAUACCCUCGUUCCUGUUCAAAGUAAAAUCGAACAUUUCAAUUCGCGCCCUCGAGAGUAUACUUUCAUCGCAAUAAUAUGUAUGGCUCAACUUAUGACGCAAGCUGCAUUGGGUCAAGCGAUUGCUCCGCUACAUAUCAUUGGAUCUAGUUUUGGAGUUACAAAUCCUGGACAGUUGAGUUGGUUUGCUGCGGCGUACUCACUGACGGUCGGUACGUUCAUUCUUAUUGCGGGUCGUCUGGGAGACCUCUAUGGUCACAAAUUGCUCUUUAUAAGUGGUUUCUUUUGGUUCGCACUUUGGUCACUUCUGGCCGGUUUUAGUGCUUAUUCGGAAGCAAUCUUUUUCGAUGUUGCUCGCGCUCUUCAAGGAAUUGGACCGGCUUUUCUUUUACCGAAUGCUUUAGCCAUCCUUGCUCGUAUCUAUGAGCCAGGAAGGAAGAAGGAGAUGAUUUUCAGUCUUUUUGGUGCCACAGCUCCAACAGGCUUUACUCUCGGUGCAACUUUCUCAAGUGUAUUUGCGGAAUUCGUUUGGUGGCCUUGGGCGUACUGGGUUACUGCUAUAGUUUGUGUCUUACUCGCUGUAGUAGGCAUUAUUGUCAUUCCUCACACACCACCUCCACAAUUUGAUCGUUCUGUUAGUAUGUUCGAGCGAGCUGAUGGUCUUGGAGCCUUGACCGGAGUUGCAGGAUUGGUUUUGGUUAACUUUUCAUGGAAUCAAGGACCAGUAAUUGGUUGGACUACCGUUUAUGUUUAUGUUAUCCUCAUUAUUGGGGCUCUUGUGCUCGGACUCUUCGCAUUCAUCGAAUCUCGUGCGCCCUACCCAUUGGUACCAUUUGGUGCGUUCAAUUCCCACACUGGUUAUACGCUUGCAUGUAUUGCAGGUGGAUGGGCUAGUUUUGGAAUCUGGAUCUUUUACUUUUGGCAAUUAUUGGAGGAAAUCAGGGGAAUUAGUCCACUUCUUGCGUCGGCAAUGGUCUCGCCUACGACUAUUAGUGGGCUUUGUGCGUCAUUAACCACGGGGAAGAUUCUUAGCAAGGUCCCAGCUAGUACUGUGAUGAUGAUUGCUAUGACUGGUUUUCUCAUCGGAUCAAUUCUCAUGGCCACGGUUCCUAUUAGUCAAACUUACUGGGCACAAACGUUUGUUGCUUGUCUUGUAACUCCUUGGGGAAUGGAUAUGUCGUUCCCAGCAGCAACAAUUCUCCUGAGUAAUUCCAUGCACAAAGAUCAUCAAGGACUCGCCGCUUCUCUUGUCAACACUGUUGUCAACUACUCAAUCUCAAUCGGUUUAGGUAUUGCCGGAACUGUAGAAGUUCAGAUCAAUAACGGCGGAAAGAACCCGAAAGAUCUUUUGAAAGGAUAUCGUGGAGCUCAACGCCAGAGUAUAACAAAUGCCCAAUCUCCAUCCACAUCAUCACAAGAUGUUGUUGAUCGUGGCAUUCUUGAUCCUUUGAGAUCACGAUAUAUGAGUCAGCAUUCUGCAGUUGCUUUCCCCAGAAGUCUUGGCGUGGAAUUUCAAUCUGCAAAUCCACCACCUCUCCAUUCUUUUGCUUGGAAUUGUGGGAUUAGAGCUGAGGAAGCUGCAUCUGCUCAUACCAAUUUAACUCAAUUGGUUUCGUUUGAAGAUUUUAAGCGGUUUUCGGAUAUAUAUGUGGCCACAGUUCAUGGACCAUUUGGAUUCCUAGAUUGGCCCUAUUUUAUGAAACGGUGCAAUGAUUAUUGGACUAACCAUGGAAGAGAUUUGACGUUCGGCGCUGUUGUUGGUGGGGUGGUAGCUUUGGGAUCGUUCUUUGCUUUUCGACUCGGUCAUCCUCGGGAACUGGAAAUUGUUCAGCAUGUGAAGACGGUGCUGGAGGAUCCAACAUUCAGUCGACAUCCGUCAAUUGAUCAAAUAAAUGCAUGGAUUCUACGGACCCUGUAUCUUCGUUCAACUACCAGACCUCACGUUGCGUGGCUUGCUAGCUGUAUCACCUUACAUUUGGCUGAAGCUACAGGCUUACACCAAGAAGUCCACUCGGUACUAUUGACUACGGAAGGAGAUAAUCAAGCAAAGAGAAUGGAUCAAGCAGAAAUAGAAAGAGCGAGAAAAACUUUCUGGAUGGCUUGGUCUGUUCAUACGAUCAUCUCGUAUGAAUAUGGAAGAUCUGCAGUAAUUCUCAAUAGUAUAACUUGCAAGCCAGUCAAGGACACUAUGGGUGACAGUACAAUUUUCCAUAUCAAGAUUGCUCAACUAAUCCCUCGCGAUAACAUGGUCGUCAAUUCUGUAACACAUAAAGAAGAACUAAUAAACGGCUUGAAGGAAUUGGCAGAGAUCCCAGACGUACAUCCAUUUCUCUCACUCUCCAAAGCAGAUGUAUGUUUUUGUUUCUAUAGAAGGUUAAGGCUUAUGAAACAAGGACUGGAGAAAGAAGCAAUCCAAUCCAUCAUAGAUAUAGGAAACAAAGGUGCCGAAGCAGCAAAUACAUUUGCCCGCAAUGGUCAUCCUUGGUGGAAUAUCCUCUCAACCACCUUUCAAUACUUUUGUGUCCUCCUCGCCAUCGAUACCUCGGAAAGUCUAUCAAACGUUUCGUGGGUUCUAAAUAUAUUUGAGAAUAUUGUAAGGAUAGUAGAUACGCAUUUAGCGCACGAAGCAUUCGACACUGCAAAAGUUUUGCUGAGAGAUAGUAUGGCGAAAAAGAGAAGGGAUUUGGGAUUCUUGGAAAAUGCGGAUGGACAGCAUGGCCCAGAAAUAGAAAGACAGGUCGAUAUUAAUUGGGAUGCGUUGUUGGACCCAACUUUUCCGGAUGCGCUGAUGAGUGAGGACUUUUCGAUUUAUAAUAGUUGA